ACUUCCACCAGCACAUCGGGACCUGAUCCGGCAGUGACGAGCAGUUCCCGUCCUCCGCCCCCGGUGGCAACCUGAAUGAAGCCCGCUCGUCCUUCUGUCUCGGGCCAGGAUGUCAACGUCCGACCCGGCCUUAGUCGGAACCCAUCACGUCAUGUAGCUCGGUGGAGCGCUCACAUGUCUAGUUACUAGCGGCCUCAGCGGUUAGCACCGGAAUUAGCCUCCUUUCCUGCCCGAGACCAGCGGCGGCUCCCGGCCACCUCUCCCGCCCCUGCCGGAGGAUGCUGAAGCUGUUCGGGGCUCUGGUUGUCAUCGGACUGGCCCUGGCGUGCAUCACCUCCUGGGUCCUGGACAGCUAUGACACGGCUUGGCACCCGAAGCGGAGCCUCCAGCAUCUGGACUCCGGCGACGGAGAAGCAGCCGGACGGUGCGCUCCGCCGUUUCCCGCCGGAGAGCUGAACAACGUCUUCUGGUUUAUUCAGGUGUCUGACAUCCACAUCAGCCGCUUCCGUGACCCCCGGCGGAUACCGGACUUCGAGAAGUUCUGCACCCACACCAUUGAGGUGAUAAAGCCGGCCCUGGUGCUCGCUACAGGUGAUCUGACAGAUGCCAAGACGGAAAGCAAGGUGGGCUCUCUCCAGCACGAGGUGGAAUGGCAGGCCUACCACAACAUCCUGAAGAGGUCUCGAGUGAUGGAGCGCACUCGGUGGAUCGACAUCCGUGGAAAUCAUGAUGCCUUCAACAUAAUGUCGCUGGACAGCGUGAACAAUUAUUACAGAAAAUAUUCAGUCAAUCAGAAAAUCGGCUCCUUCCACUACGUCCACAAAACUCCCUUUGGCAACUAUUCCUUCGUCUGUGCCGACGCCACUUUGACGCCUGGACCCAAACGGCCGUACAAUUUCUUUGGAAUUCUAAACCAGACCCAGAUUGACCUGCUGGACACCUUCAGAGCUCAGAGUUUGGCAAGCAACCAGUCCAUCUGGUUCGGGCACUACACCACCUCCACCAUCGUCUCUCCUCCUCCGGGUGUCCGGGAGGUGAUGAGGUCUGCGGUGGCCUACCUGUGUGGUCACCUGCACACUCUGGGGGGUCUAAUGCCCGUCUUGCACAGCCGACACCCGGCUGGAACCUUGGAGCUGGAGCUGGGCGACUGGAUGGACAACCGCAGGUACCGGAUCCUGGCUUUCGACCAUGACCUGCUGAGUUUCACUGACGUCCGCUUCGAGCAGUGGCCAGUGGUUCUCAUCACCAACCCGAAGGACGCCCAGUACCUGCACCCCGGGGUGGAGCCUCUGAGCCGUAUGCAGAAAUCGACUCACAUCAGGGUCUUAGCCUUCUCAGAGUCUCCCAUCACAGCAGUACACGUGGCCGUCGACGGAAGGCCUCUAGGACAAGCGCGCUCUGCUGGAGGCCCCCUGUACGUUCAGGUCUGGGACCCUACCCUUUACCUGACAGGGCUACACACACUCCGGGUAAAAGUGGAGGACGCCGCCGGACGCUCCACACUGCAAGAGCGGCACUUCACGCUGGAGCACGACGUGACUCCCAGCUUCAGCUUCUUUCAGUCCUUCAUCCUCCUCACGGAUCACUACGUCCUGGGCAGAGUGGCCUUCUUGUUCAUCAUACUGCUGAACGUGGGUGUUCUGAUGGCCUUCAGGGUCAUGCAGGUACCUUCCUGCAGAGGACUGACCUCCCAGGCGUGCAUGUCUCUGCACCUGCUCAGUAAAAUGGACACCUUCUACUAUUCACUGCUGCUCUUCAACCUGUGCACAGCCUUCGGCCCGUGGUUCGUCGGCGAGGUGAUCGACGGGCACAAAGGGGCGUGUUUUGCCUUCGGAGUCUUCAUCGACGGCCACUUCCUGGAAGGGAGUCUCACCUAUGUUGUCGGCGUCAGUCAGCUGCUGUUCUUCAACAUGCCCCUCACUUGUUACCUCUGCUGGAGCCUCCACCAGCGCUGGCGCGGGAACACCUUCAGGUCCCACUUCCUGCGGCCAGGCUGCCGCUGGCGGACUGUGGCCGUCCACCUCCUCAUGUUGCUGCUGCUCUCCUGGCAGGUCUACUCCUGCUACUCCCUCUUGGAGACCUACGGCCUCAUGGCCUUCUUCCUGUCCCCGGUCCGCACCUGGGCCCUGGUGCUCAGUCUGCUACUGGUCCACCGGGCCUGGACCGGACCGGCCUUCUCCUUCGUCACCGCCAGAGUGUCCCACCCUCCUGACAGUAACUGCACUGCUCCCUCGUGAUUUUCUUUGAGCCAAGCUUCCACCCCUCCCUCCAUGUUUGUAUUGUUUACGAAUUCUGCAUGUUAUCGUUGACGAGCGGUGAGUGCAGUUUGGACGCGAACAUAGUGUACAGUGAAAACUAGCAGUCAUCCACUGACUGCAGCUGUGUGACGCUGACCGGAUCACUCGAGCACUUUUCUCUGGACGUGCUGCCUUGGCCGCACGCCACCUCGCCACUGCCAAACCAUGAGCUGACACUCAUCACUUGCAGAGGCUGGACGUGCCAAACCUGCCCUCACCUGACCACCUCUCACGCACACUUGGUUUCUCUUGGAGUUUCCAUAUCACAGCGCCACCAAACCCACAGAAGCGGAGGCUCCUUCUCCGUGAACAGCAGCUGCGUGUUUCUCAGGAAUGUGAGCACUUGAACCACAGAGAGGAUUUUUAUAUCUCGGUGCCGGCGUGGGAUUGUUCUGAUGUAGUGAGCUGGGAUGCAGCUUUUAUGAAUUCAUUGAUUUUUACUGUGUGCUCUCUUCCCCCUUCCCCGAAUGUUUGUCUGCACUGGAAAUAGGCCUCUGACCACUAGUUAUAAAAGGAUGAGUCACGUGUGGAUUCACUCCUCAGUCUUGGUCCCUGAGGUUCUUCAACUAGGAUAUGACCAGUGUUGUGAACCUUAGCUGUAGUUGAAGCUGUCCACCAGGGGGUGUACUUGAGGCAGAUUCAUCCCUGUUGUAGUUCAUGAUUUCACCGUCUCGAUGACUCACUGAAGUUUGGCCCCACAUCUUGCAAGUGAGUGUGACGUCAUGUGCAUUAGCAGACUGCUCACGACUGCAAAUGAAGUGAUGAUGACAAUGUGGACCUAAUGAUGAUCUCCAACCUACCACACAUUUUUUUUAAUCAAUGGUUUAUAGUGUUGUGGAAUAAAACAUUCAUUCAAGUGUUGUAGUUUGCCAGUGUGUCACAUAUCAAUUGUCAACAAUAUACAGCCACAACAUGAUCACAUGAUGAAAGUUGGACCCUCCCAGCCUAAGUGGAGCCUCGACCAACGCUCGCUGGAACCAAAGUUUCACACUGACUGAAAUAGAGAAUUGUUCUCUGAAUGAGGAAGUCAUCAAGGGGCUGUAGAUUACCAGAUCUAUAUUUUAUUUUUGCAUUACAUGUCGCUCAGGAUGCUUAUUGAAACGACUAAAGAACACUCUUUAACAGGUUGAUUAAUUUUGUGUUUAAAAAACAGCUCAGUUUGAAGUGGAAGUUCCAUCCAGGGGAAAUGACUUGCUGUGGUAUUGUUCUCAGUCAGAUAUCUUUAUAACCUGCUUGCCCAUGUUUCCUCCUUUCAUCAUCGAGCAAAAAGCAGCUGCAAGGAGAGCGGAGUCAGUGAGAAGAAACAGGAGAAGGCAGCGGUCCUUUCUUACCUCCCAUAUUUUCGAUGCCAUGAACCACGGUCUCCAACACCUGAGGAGAAACCAGAAAUCCAAGAGAGUGUAUUUCAUGUACAAUAACGUCAGCGUCCUGCUCACCUUGAUCUGGCCAGAUUUAACACCCUGGCUCAGCUCCCGCAGAGCAGCAUCUGCCUUGUCCAUGUAGUUGAGCACCAUGAAGCGCUCCCUGCUGAUGUUCUUUCUCUGCAGGGUUUCUUGUGUCGCAUCCAUCAGUGGCGGCGGAUAUGGGACGUCCUUGUUAUACUGAGAUAUUUGCCCGCAUAGGAUGAUGUGGCUAUUGCUGUUCAUCUACAAGUUAAAAAAAAAGAGCAUCAGUUAGGCCAUGUUUGGAUGAUGGGCGGAUCUCCAGCAGGUGUCCAGAGCAACAGCCACUCCUGCAUCCUGCAAGAGUGGGGUCCAAUCCACCUUUACAUUUCCCACAUUAACAACGACUGAAGAUGUCACUUCCUGUGUUGCAGAAGAUCCUGAGAUCCAGCUUCAUCUAAUCGCCAGUGGUCUUCCAAAUACCUGUGCGAUCACAGUGUCGCUGAUGGUGCCGCCAACAUUAUCGAAAUAAACAUCCACACCGUCUGGGCAGCACUCGCGCAGCUUCAGAGCCACAUCAUCUCGACGAUAGUUGACCACUGCAGUGAACGCCAGGUCCUUCACCAGAGCCCGGCACUUCUCCUCAGAGCCACAGAUCCCCACAACUCUCCUGCAUCCGUCCAGCCGGCCGAUCUGAAUGACAUUAAGGAUGGCAGUGAGACCGGUCAUGCCCACGGCACCUAAGAAGUAGGACAGGUGGCCAUCGACGAGGUCUGGAUUCACCUGUAGCAGAGGGUCAGAGAAGUCAGACCAGCCGAGAAGACCGUCCCUCAGAGACAGCUGAAGACAGACCUUCUGCAGAACGCUGCCACUCAAGACUGCACGCGUCUGCCAAGGCCAGGUGAAUGACGUCACCACGUCUCCUUCGGUGUAGGCACUGUGGCGGCUGGCCUCCACGAUCCCGACACCUCCACCGUCCACACACUCGUCCAC